CUGAAUUUAUAUCCGUAAAUCCAACAUGACGAAGUUCAUCGUACUUUUGGCAGUCUUGGCCGUCAGCUCCCAGGCUCUGGCAAGACCUGAAUCUUUCCUGACUGAACUUAAAGAUCUAGUUGAGGAGGGUUUGAAGGAAUUUGAAGAAUCGGUUCAAAAUAAAGAGAAUAAUUCCGAAUCUGACGUCAGCGCCACUUCCGAUGCAUCCAGUUCAAACUCAACCGAGUCCGAAUCCAAUUCUGACUCGGCUGUUUCGUCCGCUGAAGACUCGUUAGACUCCGAUUCCACCUCCAACGACGUCUCAGAUGAGUCGUCCGCUCCAAGCGCGUCUGACUCGGCUGCAUCCGAUUCCACCUCCAACGACGUCUCAGAUGAGUCGUCCGCUCCGAGCGCGUCUGACUCGGCUGCCUCCGAUUCCACCUCCAACGACGUCUCAGAUGAGUCGUCCGCUUCAAGCGCGUCUGACUCGGCUGCCUCCGAUUCCACCUCCAACGACGUCUCAGAUGAGUCGUCCGCUCCAAGCGCGUCUGACUCGGCUGCAUCCGAUUCCACCUCCAACGACGUCUCAAACGGAUCGUCCGCUCCAAGCGCGUCUGAUUCGGCUGCCUCCGAUUCCACCUCCAACGACGUCUCAAACGGAUCGUCCGGUCCAAGCUCGUCUGACUCGGCUGCCUCCGAUUCCACCUCCAACAACGUCUCAAACGGAUCGUCCGCUCCAAGCGCGUCUGAUUCGGCUGCCUCCGAUUCCACCUCCAACGACGUCUCAAACGGAUCGUCCGGUCCAAGCUCGUCUGACUCGGCUGCCUCCGAUUCCACCUCCAACAACGUCUCAAACGGAUCGUCCGCUCCAAGCGCGUCUGACUCGGCUGCCUCCGAUACCACCUCCAACGAUUCAGAUGAGCUGUCGGCUCCAAGCUGGUCUGGCUCUGACAACAGACUUUUGCGCUCAAACUAAGCUGUAUUUUUUCUCGGACGUAGGUGACAGUUCCAGUUCUAAUGACAUCUCCAGUUCUGGUAAAGACCGAUCCAAUUCCGAGGACCAUAUAUUAUAAAUUGCCGUUUUUAACGAUUUAGUGAUCGUGUUACGCUGUAUCUCUAGGUUUAAAAUUUGUUUAGCUUAAAUACGUUGCAGUGCACAAAUAUCAGAGCAAUGCGGGGAUACUAGAGAAACUCAAGCAAUGAUACGAUUACUAGUUUAAGGAUAUGCAGUUUCACUCGUACCAAGGCCGCUUUUAGUAAAAUUUGUAUUAUAUUCCACUGCACAAUGUAUGUAAUUCCUUAUUAAUCGUGAAUAAAUAUCAACUGUGUUUAUCUGAA